AUGUCAUUGAGAGAUUCUUUAGCAUUUCAAGCUAUUAAAGUUGGUGAUGUUGAAUUAUCAAAUAGAAUUGUAUAUUGUCCAACUACAAGAUUUAGAUCAACCACCAUGUCAAAAGAUUCAAAAUUUCGUCAUUUACCAUCUGAUUUAAUGUUGGAUUAUUAUAAAGAUAGAGCUCAAUAUCCUGGUACUUUAUUGGUUACUGAAGCUACUUUUGUAAGUGAUAGAUUAAGUGGUUACGAUGGUGCUCCAAAAAUUUCAACACCGGAAGAAACUCAAGCAUGGAAGAAAAUUAUAAAUGCCGUUCAUUCACAACAUUCAUUCAUUUCAUGUCAAUUUUGGGCAUUAGGAAGAGUUGCCAUUGCUAAAAAUUUAAAACAAAAGGGUUUAGAUUAUAUUGCUCCUUCUGCAAUUUAUGAAUCUGAUUAUACUAAAAAUGGUGCUAUAAAGUAUGAUUUACCAUUAAGAGAGGUAUCACAGAAAGAAAUUCAUGAUAUUAUAUAUAACGAUUAUACUCUAGCUGCUAAAAAUGCAUUAGAAGCUGGAUUUGACUUUAUUGAAUUACAUGGUGCCCAUGGUUAUUUCAUUGAUCAAUUUUUACAUGAAUGUUCAAAUCAAAGGACAGAUAUAUAUGGAGGAUCAAUUGAAAAUAGAUGUAGAUUUGUUUUAGAAUUAAUUGAUCAUUUAAUCACAAUUGUUGGUGCUUCUAAAUUAGCUAUCAGAUUAUCACCAUGGGCUGAAAUUCAAGGUAUUACUGAACCAGAAAGUCCAAUUCCUGUUUUUUCAUACUUAUUAAAAGAAUUACAAAAUAGAGCAGAUCAAGGUAAUAAAUUAGCUUAUGUAUCAGUUGUUGAACCAAGAGUUAAUGGUGUUGUUACUAGAUCAGAAGAUGAAAUUAAAGGUGAUAAUGAAUUUGUUGCAGAAAUUUGGAAAGGUGUUUUAUUAAGGGCUGGUAAUUAUACUUAUGAUGCUCCAGAAUUUAAUACUGUUAAAAAAGAUAUUUCAAAUGGUAGAACAUUGGUGGGAUUUUCAAGAUAUUUUACAAGUAAUCCUGAUUUAGUUGAAAAAUUGAAAAAUGGUAAACAAUUGGUAAAAUAUCAACGUCCAUUAUUUUAUACUCCUUUCAAUUAUGGUUACAAUACAUAUAAUGAUAAGAGAGAUUGGGAUGAAGAAGUUGAAAAGAAAAGAUUACCAAAACCAAUUAGACAUUCAGAAAUUAAUUUAUAG